AUGGAAGCCAUAGGUCUAGUGGCCAGCAUAAUCACUCUCAUCAGCGCAGCCAGCAAUGCCGCCUUGAUCCUCGAACGAGUAUUGGGUCUGCGCGGCGUUUCCCUAUACGUUCUUGGAGCGUUGAACGAAGUCACCGACUUCAAGGCAACUCUGACUCUGGUACAGACGGCAGUAGAUGAAACUCAGCACCAGCUUCCGCCAGCCUAUCGGGUGGAAUACAACAGGCUUUUGGAUCGAGCAAUGGGCUGUAUGGACGCCUUCACAAAGUACCUACGAAGAAGUAUUUUACGUGAGCGAGAAGAGGUAGACGGCGCUGAAAAGGUCAUCGAGCUGAAGAGACGUGUGAAGUGGAUGGACGUGUUGGGAAGAGGUCAAGCGCAAUGUCAGAUCGACGCAUUCCAGCAGGAGCUGACUUCCUUGAAACUCAACUUUGUAUUGGCGAUGAGUGCGACGAAUUUUACACCUGCCCAAACCUUUAGUGCCGGUCGUGUCCAGGGUCACUUUCACGAAAUCUUCUUGAGCCGAUCAGAUCUUCUUGACAUCGGUGAUGUUCUCAACCUCGCUCCAGCUACGGAGUUAAUACUUCGAGGAUCAAUCGACAGUCUAAGAGAUCUUCUCCGAAGUCAACCCAGCGCUGUACUAACUCGGGACUCUCUUGGAAAUACCCCGCUCCACUGGGCGAUAAAGAUGGCGAACGUCGACGCGGUGGACCUGCUACUCGAAGCAGGCGCGGAUGUACAUGCUGUCGCAAAGGACACUGCAACGCCUUUAUGCGAAGCUGUCGAUUCUGACUUCGAAUCCCGUGAAAUUUGUCUGAAACUCCUUGAAGCUGGUGCUGACGUUGACCAAGUCAUUUGCCAUGAAGGGACCGCUCUUGCAGAGGCAGUGCGUCGCAAUCGAUCCGUCUCGACGAUAAAACUUCUGUUAGAUGCUGGAGCUCACUUACAUGGGAUUCAUGGUGACGAUCCUGUCCUGAUAAUAGCGGCUUCUGAGUCUACAUCGGAUGCAUGCGAAACGCUACUGUUGGCCGGCGCCAACAUCGAAGCUCGAGGUUCUCGGGGUGAAACAGCGGUCAUGGUAGCUGUAGGGAACAACAAUCAUUCUGUACUUGAGAAGCUCAUUAAUCUCGGCGCUCGACUGGAUCUGGAGCUAUAUGACGGGGACUCAAUAGUCAUCAUCGCGGCCUUGCAUGGCGAUAUAGAGACGAUGCGGAUACUUGAGACUGCACGCAUCAAGGGCAUUCCGGUGGAUGUGAAGUCACGGGAAGCCUACUGGUACGCUUUUGAUCGACGCUACCACUAUUGCUUCCCAAAGAGUGUACUACCCGAGUGCGUGGAGAUGGUCGCUUUUCAGGCUCUUCUCGAUAGCAUCGUACCCGCAGAAUAUGCCACUUUGGAGUAUGAACACUCGGAAGAUUCUGAUGCUGUUCACGUACCAGGGGCGUUUCCAUUUGAUACAGACGAGUCGGAUUGCGACAUUGGGAUUCCAGAGGCGCGAGAAUGGGAUGAUGUCGACGGGUGCGAAGAGCAGAGAGAUAGCGACGAUGAAUCACGGAUUACCCCCGACGAUGACCGUUCAGGCGGUGAAAAGGAAAUGGAACAUGCAAGCGAGGACGAAGCCGGUAGCCUGACAUGA